AACGUCAAAGUACGGGUGUCUCAGUCGUGAUUAGGGUUCUCACAUAAGGCUAUAUUGAGUAAAGCCAUUUACUACGGCUUGAGUAAAUAUUAUUUUAAUAAAUACUAUAUUAUAUAUUUUUUUAAAUUGAUGACCCGUAUGGGUGGCAUGGCUGCAACUGACCGUUGAAUUUUAAAGUUUAAUUCAUAUUCACAUUUUUUGAUAUUUGUUUGUCUAUUGAAUUUUGUCCAUCAUACGCGUAAUUAAUCGAUUUAUUAACCACAAAAUUAUAUCAAUAUGGCCGAUUCUCGUAGUUCGAAUACAAACGUUUAUCAAGGUGGUGGUCAUUUUGAAUUUUCUUCUGAAAAAAAUUGGGGUGUAGAGCAAGAAGAUUGUCGAAUAUUUGAUUCUAUUGAUAUGACACAUCUAGCUGCAAGUAUAGCUAGUAUACCAUUUCAUAUACAACAUGACAUACCUGUUGAACUAUUUACUGCAGAGCAAUUAGAAGAAUUUGAAGUAGAAUCAUCUCUCGCUUUGAGCCGACAUACAUCGCUAUGUAAUUCAAAAUUAUUAAAUAUUAAAACUGGUUUGCAAACUUCUGAAAGUAGUCAAACACCGGCAGACACAAAUAAAUUGUUUUUGAAUAAUGAUUCUAAAUCAGAAGUUGGUAGUGUACCUUUUGGUUGUGAGAUUCAAUCUAAUAUAGAACUAGAAGAAAUAUUAGGAAAUAGGAAACCUUUAUUUAACAUACUACAAGAUGAAAUAAAUUCAGUUACUAGUAUAAACAAUGGUGAAGCUGACUCAAUCAUAGUUUCAAAUCAAAAAAUAUCCAACAAAGAUGAUAAUAAAAUUGUAAUAACAAAUCAUAAUUCAGGGCAUUGGCUUGAUUCAAUGUUGGAUAGUGAUGAAUAAAAAUUGAAACUGUAUUUUUCAA